AUGGCCUUUCACGAAAGAUUCUUUGCUCCUUCAAGAAUAAUGAAACUGAGAGAUGACAUUAAGAAUUUCAAGCAACAGGAGGGUGAGCCAAUUCACGAAUCACGGAAAAGAUUAACGCAAGAACAACUCGAUAAAGAAAGAGAGAUGGACGAAAACAUCAAAAAGAUGUUUUCCCAAAUAAAAGUGAUACAAAAGCACAUGAAGGGGACAUAUGGAGUAUUUCGAAUUGAGGAGGGUUCUUCUUUUGGCUACUUAAGACCGGGGGAGAACCAAGGUUGGAACUCCACAAGUAAACUGAAUUCUCAUGCUGAUGCAAUCAAAACACCAGAAGGUCAAUUGCGUCUAUUAUCAGCUCAAUUAACAUCCAGGACACUGAUGAAAGAUAAUGAAAGAAGGCUGCUUGUAGUUUCCCGAAUUGGAAAGAUGGAAGAGAGCCAAGGUAUUGAGGAACAAGAAUUGUCUAUUCCACAAAACCUUGCCAAAGAACCACAAGAGGAUGCAGAGCAACAUGUUCAAGUUCCAAAAGUCAUGCACCCUUUACCCAAAAUUCCUCCACCAUUUCCUCAACGUUUGAAAUCGAAGAAGGAAGAUGAGAAGUUCAAAAAUUUUUUGUCAGUAUUCAAGAACCUAUCAAUUGAUCUUCCUCUGGUGGAAGCAUUGUCGGAAAUGCUGGGAUACGCCAAAUUCAUGAAAGAGUUGGUUACAAAGAAAAGGUGCUUGGACUAUGAAACAAUUGAGGUGCCCCAUAGUUGCAGUGCAAUUAUGACAAAUGAGUCAAUUACAAAGAAAGCAGACCCUGGGAAAUUCACAAUCCUGUGCACAAUUGGCAAGCUCCAACUCACUAAAGCUUUGUGCGAUUUAGGAGAAAGCAUUAACUUGAUGCCUUAUGCAAUAUACAAGCAACUUGGUUUGGGUGAACCAAAGGCAACCACAAUGAGACUCCUUAUGGCUGAUCGAUCAAUCCAGCACCCAAUGGGAUACUCUAUGACAUAUUGGUAA